AUGACGCGAUUCCGACCAUGUAUAGACCUGCAUGCCGGCCAGGUGAAGCAGAUUGUCGGCGGAACUCUUGACAGCACUUCGUCAGCACUGCAAACAAACCAUGUGUCACAAUAUCCUCCGUCUUACUUUGCCGACCUGUACCGGGACAACUCUCUCGAGGGUGCCCAUGUUAUCAUGUUAGGAGGCGGAAACACCGAAGCUGCUAAGCAGGCAUUGCAGUCUUGGCCAGGUCACUUGCAAGUAGGCGGUGGUAUCAAUGACAAGAAUGCAAAGGAGUGGAUAGAUGCCGGAGCUUCCAAGGUCAUCAUCACAUCAUACCUCUUCCCAGAGGGACGUUUCAGUCAGUCAAGGCUGGACGAAGUGUUAAACGCCCUAGGCGGCGACAAGGACAAACUGGUCAUUGAUUUAAGCUGUCGCCGUCGCGGCGUUGACUCAUGGUUUGUCGCUAUGGACAAAUGGCAAACGAUUACCGAUAUGGAAGUCAAUCAAGAUUCCAUCAAAGCCUUGGAGCCGUAUUGCUCCGAGUUUCUCAUUCACGCCGCAGAUAACGAGGGCCUGCAGAAGGGCAUAGACGGCAAAUUGGUGGAGCGAUUGGCAGAGUGGUGCUCUAUCCCUGUCACGUAUGCUGGAGGAGGAAGGAAUCUGGAAGACUUGGAGCUUGUGAAGAGGCUCAGCGACGGCAGAGUAGAUUUGACGAUUGGGAGUGCGUUGGAUUGUUUUGGAGGAAAUGGGGUCAAGCUUGCAGAAUGUGUUGCAUGGAAUCGGGAACAGGACCAAGGUAAAUAG